CUAAUAGCGAACUAAUGGAUCAAAAGCCGGGACAGCCUAUGGAACCGCCGCCCCCUUACUCGGCUCAGCCGGGAAUGCCCGGCCACGCGAUGCCACCCCCGGCCGGGUUUAUGCCGGGGGGUCAACCGGCAGCCACCAUAUAUCCGGCGCAACCAGGUCUGUACACUCCCUGUGCUGCUGGUGGUGACCCACCCCCUACUGCCGCCACUAAUUGUGUG